CCAACAAUGAAGGUUCUUCUGACUCUCGUGGCCGCUGUUGCAGCCUGCAUUAGCCCAGCGCUGGCUGACAAAGCUAAGCCCUUCAUCUGCUAUUGGGAGUCAUGGUCUAGGUAUCGCCCUGCUCCAUACACAGGUUCUGUAUCUAACAUACCCACGAAUCUGUGCACCCAUGUCAUUUACUCGUUUGCGGGUAUGGACUGGAGUACCGGGAAGGUAAAGUCCUUAGAACCGGACUGGGAUAUUGGUCAAAAUGGUUUGAGGCAGCUCACAGCACUUAAACAGAAGAAUCCCAAACUAAAAGUUUCAUUUGCUGUUGGUGGAUGGAACGAAGGCGUACAAAAAUAUUCUCAGAUGGCCGCAAGCCCUGAACGCAGAAAGAUUUUCGUGGAAUCUGUCGCCAGCUGGAUAUACACCUAUGGUUUCGAUGGAUUCGACCUCGACUGGGAGCAUCCGGCUGACUUGGCUAGGGGAGGCGACCGUGCCGACAAAGAAAACCUUAUCAAGCUUCUGAAGGAGUUGCGUGAUGCUAUUGGGUCCAAGAAACUGCUCACCAUAGCCGUCUUCAGCACGAAGGAGAAAAUAGGGCUUGCUUACGAUGUUCCUAAUGUGGCUAAGUACUGCGAUUACAUACACGUAAUGACCUACGAUCUCCGUGCUAACUGGGAUGGCAAACUUGGUAACCAUGUAGCUCUCUAUUCGGGCCCCUAUGAUCAAGGCAGAUUCACCGAGUUGACUGUUUCCCAGGGCAUGAAGAAUUGGGCCGACGCUGGGUGUCCCAAAAGUAAGCUAAUUAUGGGUUUCGCUUUCUAUGGUAAGUCAUUUACUCUUAACAACUGGGCUCAAAACAAGCCUGGAGACCAUAGCGCUGGACCUGGCAAUCCCGGCCCCGUGUCCCAACAGUCUGGCACGCUCUUCUAUUACGAGAUCUGCAAAAACCUUAAGGAGGGAUGGACCCGUGUAUGGGACAAUGCUUCCAAGACACCUUAUGCAUAUAAACAAAACCAAUGGGUCGGUUACGAGGACGCUGAAAGUAUUGGUUACAAGACCAAGCUCAUACAGAAAGAAGGCUACGGUGGAGCGAUGGUCUGGGCUAUCGGGCUCGACGAUCACGCAAAUGUCUGUGGCGGAGGUCAUAACCCUCUCGCCAAGGCUGUCGUAAACGGUCUUCAAAGUUAAUAAAAAGUCCAGCAAUUAUCCCUGCGCUGACCCCAUAACCUCGCGCUACAAGUCUACUCUGGCUCCCUGACCCGAUCCGAAUCCUGUCGACUGCUCUUGCGGC